AAUUAUGAAUAAGGAUGUGGACACUUACUUUAAAAUGUCUGAUUGUCUUUGGAUUACAUAACAUGGCAAACCAAAUGUCAGAUACAAAUAAAUAAUGCUGGAGCAUUUCUCAGAACUAACAAUGACUUUUAACCAACUGGUGUCAAAGUGUAUGACCUCGAUUCACACCGGUUCAGCAGAGUAAACACAGAUGUAGUUCAUAACAUUUAAGUAUGAAAAUUUUCCACAUUAUAAUAUAAUUAUGAUUUUGAAUAAUAUUUAUUAUUAUCUUUUGAAGAUAACUCUAACUUAUAUUUGUGAAAUGUUUUGCUUAAAAUGCGUUUGUAUAUUUCUUCAAUUUACUAUUUGGUUUAAUAUUUUGUAUUUUGUUAUUAAUGCAAACACAUUUUUAGGAAUGUCCAAUACUUUUUGAAACCAAUAUAUGUAAAACUUAGCUCAAACUAUCCUGAAUGCGUCUGUUCUCUCUUAAAUUAUUUAUUAGCCUACUAAAAAGUAAAAGAGCACGAGUUUACAUUUUUACCGUCAAAGAAACUGUUGUUACAUUAGUUUUAUUAUUUAGCCUGCACAUGACCUGAAAAUGUAUAAACCUUUACCCAGUGAAAGUUAAGAUAUGUUUUACAUUUCUAAACAAGCUGGAGAACAUGAUAUCACAUCUGCACGCUAGCGAUGGGACUAAUCAGCUGAGUUGUACAAGAGCGCGAGGCAUUCGUGGGGAGUUAUAGUUUUGUCAUUUGCGACCUCAAGAACCAUCCAAUGCGGUGGCUCCGCCCGUUUUCAGGUGAACUAAAUAUGCGCUCGCUGUCCUCAGACAAUCACUUCAUCUCAGUCUCGAGACUACGAAGGAACUCCGCAAGUGAAUUUACUAAUUUUUAUUCACCUGGGCGGAUAUAUAUCAUGGAUUUGGUCGGAAUCAUCUUGUAGACUAACAGGAGCUGAGAGCAACAGUAAUCAGGACUUAGGAUGAGUUGGGGAGCGCUUUAUGCCCAGCUGGGAGGGGUGAAUAAACACUCCACCAGCUUGGGAAAGAUCUGGCUGUCUGUCCUGUUCAUCUUCCGAAUUAGCAUCCUUGUAAUAGCUGCCGAGACGGUCUGGGGAGAUGAGCAGUCCGACUUCGUCUGUAACACACAACAGCCCGGCUGCAAAAACGUCUGCUACGACCACUUCUUUCCAGUCUCACAUAUUCGUUUCUGGUGCCUGCAGCUCAUCUUUGUGUCUACACCGGCUUUGCUGGUGGCUAUGCAUGUGGCGUACCGCAAACGCAACGUAAAGAAAGGCCUUAUGGCCAACCGUGGUGGCAGUGCCAAAGGGGACGACCUGGAGAGCCUGAAGAAGAGGCGUCUUCCCAUUACUGGGCCGCUGUGGUGGACCUACACCUCCAGCCUGUUCUUUCGGCUCCUUUUCGAGGCCGGAUUCAUGUAUGCACUGUAUUAUGUCUAUGAUGGGUUUCAGAUGGCACGUCUUGUGAAGUGUGAGCAGUGGCCCUGUCCCAAUAAAGUUGACUGCUUUAUCUCACGACCAACAGAGAAGACAGUCUUCACCAUUUUCAUGGUGGGAUCUUCUGCCAUCUGCAUUGUGCUCAAUGUGGCUGAACUGGGCUACUUGAUUGUCAAGGCAUUGCUGAGGUGCUCAGCCAGAUCCAAGGGGAGGCGCGCCUUUGUACACCAAGAUAAAAUAUCCACAGAAAAGGCACUCUUACAGAACGAAAAGAACACAAUGUUGCUGUCAUCCGCUUCAGACUCUUCGACCAAUAAGACUGCCUAAGAUUAUACCUACAUCCAGUGACUCAAUUCUACCAUCAUGGAUGAUAGUAGGCUCAUAGACGACAGUGUUUUAAUAGAUUUUGUAGCUCGUUUUUGACAAGUUGCCCUGAGAGCAGGUUUAUUCCAAAGCUGGCAUUCCUCCCCCAAGCCAAAAGAUGAUUAGGGAGUAUGGCACUGCAUUGACUAAAAAUUUGGGGGUUGUUGAAUUUUAUUUUCCACAUUGCUCAGUAGCCUCAGUACUCUCUAAUGGCAUUAGAAAAGCCCAAGAGCGACUCCUAGUGGUCAGAAAAGGACAGAACGAAAAGAACAGAAGGCUGCUGUCAUCCGCUUCGGACUCCUCGAUCAAAAAGAAUGUUUAAGACUAUCCCAACAUCCAGUGAUUCAAUUCUACCGUCAUGGAUGAUGAUAAUAGGCUCGUAGAUAACAGUGUUUUAACAGUAUGUGAUUUUUAGCUCGUUUUUGACAACCUGCGAGAACAGAACAAAAUGGAGAUCAGAGACCUUUGCACAAAAUUGAAUGUCCUGUUUCUGAGGGAUCAUUUACUGUUGUGUAUUGUACAUAAAUGCUUCUCUUUAUUUGGACUUUUACAUGAUUGAGUUUUGCUUUGUUUACUUGUUUUUAUUUUUUGGCUCCUGUUACCCAUCAACAGUUUUAGACUAGCAGUAUAAUUUAGAGAGUGUUUGUGUUUGUAUGUUUUUAUUUGUGCUUGUUUUGGUAAAUGAUUUGAAUGUCUUCAACGACGGCACGUCUGUUUAGUUUUAAGCCGUUUCACAAUAUCCUUGCAUUGACUCCUACCAGGGAUUUCAUAUCAGCUUUACAGCAGUGCCUUAUUGAGAACAAAUAGGCUGUAGUCGCGUGAGAAUGUUUAGUGGCGCGCCGCGUGCUCUUACGACAUCUUGUCGGUCAAUCUACCUGUUGACAGGUGAACAGACAAGAUCUCGUACGUGGUUUCUCGCUUCGUCAGCUGUCCGUUAUCUUCCGUUUAAUUUUCCUCCUCUCUGAGUGGGUCUACAAGUCAGCGGUGAACAGUUUUGUUUUUAAUUCUGUGAUGUAACCGCUGAAAUAAUUGUUACCAAAGUGUCCACAUGUGUUGAUGGAAUCUUAGCUGACCAUUUUUGAUUGUCAACUGGUUGUCAAAUAAGUAUGUUUCUUUCUCAUUUUGGCUAACAACUUAACUUUUAUAUGAAUCUUAAUAAAAAAAACUUUUUAAAUGUU